UCGAAAGGCCCCAACGUUUCCAUCCUCAAGCUGGGCGACAAUGCUCAAGUUCCCAUCGGACCCUGGCGGCUGGCCGUCGUGGACUUGUUCGGACAAAGGGCACCAGAAGUUCUCCAUCGAUGGCCCUACCGUUUCAGUGCUUCCGGAUCUUUCUCGCUUGUCGUUUGGAGAAGCUUAUCAGCAACGACUAAAGCAACAUGGAUCUGUAGUCAAAGGCCGCACAGUAACUCUGGCAAGAGCAGACUGGACAAGUGCAGAUAAUCCCCUACAAAGGACAACGACAGCACCUGGUCCUUCGUGGGAGUCUCUCGAUGAAACCACCCUGAUCGAAAAGUGCGAAGAUGCCCUGACAAAGUAUAGGGCUGUCAAACUUGGCCCUCUCGAAUAUGUGACGUGCUCGGGACAGCAUCCUCGUCGACGCUCUGCCCUGGGACUUCCAGAGACCCCUCUGUCUACCAGCAGACGUCUUCUGGCCACUCACAACCACAUUCCCGGUGUCCAUUCGAGUCAAGUUCGUGUCAAUCUGGGAGCAUCCUUCGUGUUUCUGCACAAGCAAGAGGUGGAUCUUCAAUCUGUCACAAUGCUUUGGAGCGGUGACCCCGUCCUUUGGAUCGUCGUCCCGCCAAGGCAAGCCUCCGUCCUGGAGGGACGUCUCGCGGAGAACCUGAAGCUGCCGCAAGCCUGCAGCCAGUUUGUCCGUCAUGGCAAUCUCCUGGUGCCGCCGUCGGCGCUUUACGAGUGGGAGAUCACCUUUGACAUAUUCCUGCAGCGACCCGGAGAGGUCGUACGAACGGACUACCUCAGCUAUCAGUGGGCAUGGAACACCGGGCCCAACGUCGUCGAGAGCAUCAGCUACUGUGAAGCAGAUUGGUGUCCCUCACCCAUAUAUCGCCAUUGCCGGAAGUCCAGCCGCAAUUGUGGUUCGAGUCCCAUCACGGCCGAGGCCAUGGUACUCGGCCAAUAUCGUCCACUGGAUGUUGUGGAGGAAUGGGACGAAGACAUCAUCGACCCCCAAGAUGAUGAAGUCACAACGCCAGAUCAUGAUAGUGACUCACAGUCGGAGUCCACUGUCACCUCUCCAACGCAUGAUUCGCCUUCCUGCGACUGUUCUUCUGGUGGGAAGUCUCUGGCCAAACUGGAACUCAAAGCAAACAAUGCAUCGUCAGGCCCUCCUGCAAAUCGACCCCUUCAAGCUUACGUCCAAAGUGAGGAUGAGGAUUCUGAGAUGAAGGACGUCGACGAUGAUCCAUCUCCUCCACAAGAACCAGAGUUGCAAUCCCCUAGCAAUGACUCUAGUACGACGACGCCGGUGAACGUACCUAUGUUCCUGGAUUCUGACGACGAUACGGAUGAGGACGUGAAGGGCUCUGCAUACUCUCAGCCAGUGUCAUCACCGAGGAAUCAGUGUUCGAGCGAUGAAAGUAUAUCAAAACACGACGAAUGGCAGCCCGGGAAGUUCUACCGCUCCACAAACUUCAAGAAGGCCGCACUUAGACCGGCCCCGCUUCCGACGUUUUCGCCUGGACCACAGACAGACUCCCCGACGGGUGGCUUGAGCGACCUCUUUGUCACUAACUGUGAUGAGCCUACAUCAUCUGAGCAAGGGGACGCCAAAUCUGGACCUGGGUUGGAGAAAUCUGUCUGUGGGACGUCCGAUCCCUUCCAAUCGUCUCCACCGUUGUUCCCAGCCCUGUCUGUUUCAUCUUCAGAACCCUCAGGAACACCCCACUCCCAUCCGGAUCCUACAAAACAGUGCCGCUCUUCUGGCAGUAGUAUGUCUCCAGAUGCAAAGGCAGCAGAUGCCACGAUAAUCUCCAUCGCUUCUUCACAGGCAAGCUCACCACUCUUUUCUGGAUUUGUAGGGAGCAGGCAUUCAUACAAUACACCUCCUAGUACGGCUCACACGGCUCAAUGUGUGGCUGUAACCUUCCCGGCGCUCGAUCGAAAACUGCCAGAAGAAGAAAUGAUCCAGGAUAUCGAUCGACUGAUUGAGCUUGGAUGCCGAAACCGUGGUCUGAUUCCUUGGGUCACCACCCAUCCGCAGGCCGUUGAGCGCAUGUUAAAUACCUUUCGACCGGGCCAGUGGCUCAAUGACGAUGCGGUAAUGGAAUGCCUCUACCGUAUGGCCAUGGACCGAUGUGACGUGCACGUCGUGGAGUCUCAUGAUUUCAAUGCGGCCUACAUCCAGAAGAACCCGGCCAGAAUCUGCAGGUGGCAGACACCCUCGACAGCUCUGGUUCCGGUUCAUGUCGAGCAGACGAGCCAUUGGUUUCUGGUGAGCUUGCACUUCACCCACCGUCAACUUACGGUGCAUGACUAUGAGAACGAGAGGUCCGUAUCCGUGGCUCAUUUCAUUCUUUCCGGCGCACCAGAGCUCAGCGGGUGGACGGUGAGAUACAGUUCAGGUUCAAUCAAUGACGGCAAUAAUUGCGGUGUCAUUCUGCUCCACGAAGCGGACAAAAUCUUGGGACACACGGACCCAAGCCCCCCAAACUUCGUCGCUCUCCGGAGACGUUACAUACAAUUGAUUGUGGCUAGUCGACCGACGGAAGCUCCCCAAGCUACCUCGCCCUCUUCCGGAAAUGUCAGCACCACCGGUCCUUCAUCUUGGGGGUUGGUAAGCCCCAGCCCUGAUCCCUGCGCGGGGUCGAAACCGAAUUUCAAAGACUUGCCACCGCAAAUGAAGAUGAAAUUCCUUGCCUCCUCCAUGGGGUGCAGAGAGGUCUGGGAGGACUUUCGAGACCUAGUUUGUAUUUUGAAAGACCAGUCACUUCGAUUCCACAGUGAUACUCAAAGGACCAUGCAGCUGUACAACAGUAGUCGAAGUCUCCGGCAAGAUGUCCUUUCCGGUCGUACCCCAUCCAACGUAACCAUUCAGAACGCUCUAAGACUCUACGACACUAUCAGCUCGCCUGGACAUACUUCAGAAGUUUUAUAUACCAGCAUCCCCGGAGGUGACCAAGAUGGCUUGCAGGUAGCGGUCCAACUGUAUACCCGAGGACGUGGCUACACGAAGCUCGGUAGCCUGACACGAGAAUUCGGGGCACUGUCUAUUACUUCCACAUAUCGCGCACUAAUGAGAAUCUUUCAAAAUAAAUCGAACCCAGGCGCAUCAGAGGAUGUCGACAUGCAGAUAGUAGAUCGAACGGAGCCUGCCAAACAGGGCCAGGGAUCAGAUACGCUUACCUACAAGUACAUGCUGAAAUGUACUGGGCAGGAUGAAGACCCCAAAGCCCUCCGUCGUCUUCAGAGGGCCAUUUGCCGGGGCAAUCGUCUACACCACUUUGAAGACAUCUGCGGGCCCGGUCGACCGCUGUGGAUGCUACGACCGAUAAGAACGAUCUCGUGUCCUCUGGAUCCUGAUUACACAAUCAGGCCUGCUUGUUAUGAAAAACUUAACAAACGUAAUAUUCAAACGUUGGUUGACUCGGUCAGGGACAUUAAGCCUCGACUUUGGGACUUUUUACCACGCUGUGGGCGAGGGAUUGAGCGAAUGCUCGCUGGUGAAGGUGUUGAUGACGGAUUUAUCGAGGAGUUCGAAAGCCUCUUCUCGGGUUAA